CGAUUAAACCAGCAAAUUUUCUCUGUUUUCGCUUUGAAAUUCUCGUCGGAAAUCCGUUUUUGGGUCGCGGUUUUGUAGUUGAGAAGGUUGUUCCUCAUGGAUACGAAGAUUUGUUCGCUCGACGUCUGCAAGCCUACUAGCGGCGACAUCGGCUGCCCGCCAAACGGCGUUGUUUCGGCCAUCCAUGGUUCUGUCUCACCCACCGUCUUCAACUCCCCCGAGGCCACUCUCGGUCGCCACCUUGCUCGCCGUCUUGUUCAAAUCGGCGUCAAUGAUGUUUUCUCUGUGCCCGGGGACUUCAAUCUUACCCUCCUCGACCAUCUGCUCGCUGAGCCGGGGCUUAACCUCAUCGGCUGCUGCAACGAGCUGAAUGCGGGGUACGCCGCCGAUGGUUAUGCGCGAUCCCGCGGAGUCGGGGCCUGUGUUGUCACUUUCACCGUUGGUGGACUCAGUGUACUUAACGCGAUCGCCGGGGCUUACAGUGAAAAUCUUCCUCUGAUUUGCAUUGUUGGUGGACCGAACUCAAAUGAUUAUGGGACCAACAGGAUCCUUCACCACACCAUUGGGCUGCCUGAUUUCAGCCAGGAGCUAAGGUGUUUCCAGACCGUCACUUGCUAUCAGGCUGUGGUGAAUAACUUGGAGGAUGCUCAUGAGUUGAUCGAUACUGCAAUUUCAACCUCUUUGAAGGAAAGCAAGCCUGUUUAUAUCAGCAUUAGCUGCAACUUACCGGCGAUUCCUCACCCUACUUUUAGCUGUGAGCCGGUUCCGUUCUCACUCUCUCCUAAAUUGAGUAAUAAGUUGGGAUUGGAGGCCGCGGUGGAGGCGGCGGCGGAGUUCUUGAACAAGGCGGUGAAACCCGUCUUGGUGGGUGGGCCUAAGCUGAGAGUUGCAAAGGCAUGUGAACAGUUUGUUGAGCUUGCUGAUACUUCUGGGUAUGCUCUUGCUGUGAUGCCAUCGGCUAAGGGGCUGGUCCCUGAGCACCACCCUCAUUUCAUUGGAACCUAUUGGGGUGCGGUCAGCACUGCAUUUUGUGCCGAGAUCGUCGAGUCCGCCGAUGCUUACUUGUUCGCCGGACCAAUCUUCAAUGAUUACAGCUCUGUUGGGUACUCUCUGCUCCUCAAGAAAGAGAAGGCAAUCAUUGUGCAGCCUGAUCGUGUGGUGAUAGCUAAUGGUCCUACAUUUGGGUGUGUCUUGAUGAGGGAUUUCCUCAGAGAAUUGGCCAAGAGGAUCAAACGAAACGCCACUGCUUAUGAGAAUUAUAACAGGAUUUUUGUUCCUGAAGGAAAACCUUUGAAAUCUGCACCUCAAGAGCCUUUGAGAGUUAAUGUCAUGUUUCAGCAUAUACAGAAGAUGCUGUCUGGUGAAACUGCUGUAAUUGCUGAGACAGGGGACUCUUGGUUUAACUGCCAGAAACUGAAAUUGCCUGAGGGAUGUGGUUAUGAGUUCCAAAUGCAGUAUGGAUCAAUUGGAUGGUCAGUUGGUGCCACUCUUGGGUAUGCACAAGCUGUACCAGAGAAGCGUAUCAUUGCUUGCAUUGGUGAUGGUAGUUUCCAGGUGACUGCACAAGAUGUGUCCACAAUGCUGAGAUGUGGGCAGAAGACUAUCAUCUUCCUGAUAAACAAUGGUGGAUACACCAUUGAAGUCGAGAUUCAUGAUGGGCCAUACAAUGUGAUCAAGAACUGGAACUACACUGGCUUUGUGGAGGCAAUUCAUAAUGGUGAAGGGAAGUGCUGGACAGCCAAGGUAUUCUGUUGAUUUCUAACUUCUGUCUACACUUGGUAUGGAAGAACAUUAAUGCUCUUAAGGAAGUAAAUGCAAGAUUUUAAGUUUCUAUAUUUUUAUGUGCUUUUAAUGCCUCCUUUUUCUCUCAAUAUUUAACCUAGUUGAUGUUCCCCAAUUGGUUAAAUAUAAUCUUCAAAGAAAAUAGCGACUACAUUGUUCUGUAGAGUAGAAGUGAAUCUUUUUACUUCAGGGCUUGGGCUUUGGGGUUUGCAGAGGCUCUGACACUGCAAGUGUUGCUAUUGGUUCUGUGUUCAGUUUAUUUCGAGCUUGGUUCAUUUGACUUACCUCAUCAAAUCCUCUCAAACAGAAUGGCUCUGAUUACAUAACCAAUGCUGUUAUCUUCUUUUUACAGGUCCAUACCGAGGAAGAGCUGAUCAAAGCAAUUGAGACUGCAACAGGACCCAAGAAGGACUCCCUGUGCUUCAUUGAGGUGAUAGUUCACAAGGAUGAUACCAGCAAAGAGCUCUUGGAAUGGGGCUCAAGGGUCUCUGCUGCUAAUAGCCGUCCACCCAAUCCUCAGUAGAUCAUUGUCGCUCUCUACAGUUAGUUGUCCAGUAAACUUGUUCACUCAGCAUUUUCUUUUCUGAAUGUUCUGCUUAACCUCCGGAUUUGUCGCUGCAUCUAUGUAUAUUCGGAUUGAAUCGCUGAGGUUUCUUGUCCUUUAUUUUCUCCAUCAAUCAAGGACAGUUAUAACUUAACCGAACUUUGUUCAAAAUCUGGUGAAUUAGAUCACAUGUUAGUCAGUCCAUGUCGUAGAAGAUCUCACCAAGGUUGAACAGAUGACUUGGAUUGUCUAUUCCUUUUGAAUUAGAUGUUUUUUCACUUUGAUAAUAGAGGAAUUUUUUAAUU